UCCGUCAUUACGCAUUGUUGCGUCACGUCGUUUGUCCAAUCAGGACGAGAUUCCGAAGCUCCGGAAAGAAGCAGAUGAUAUGGCGGCUUCGAGAGAGACCAGGUGGAACUUGCUUUGUUAACACGAAUAAAGCGAUGAUUAUCGACAUACUUUGACUUGGAGAGGGCGACGAGGCAGCUGCUCAAAAUGAUUUACUUAAUCUUAAUUUCGGCAUUCUCCGGAGCAGUCGUUACAUUGAUUUUCCAGUUCUUGUUGCUCUACCGGAGGAGCCCAGAGCCUAUCGCGAGGACGGAGCAGUACGCCAAAGUAGUGCCUGAUAACGAAGGAUUGAAGGAUUACUUUAAUAGCCAGCAUGUGGAUCCAGGCCAUCUGCAGCAGCAGGACGGUCACGGCACAGCGUCUGCUGGUUCCAAGCAGCAAGAGGCUGUCACCGGCGGCAGCCCCAAACAACAACAACAACAGUCGCCGCCUGCGCAGAGCGACUCGGCUGAUGCGGACAAGCCCGAAACCUGUCACUUCCUCAAUGCUAUCUUUUUGUUCCUCUUCAGGGAGCUGCGGGACACUCCUGUCGUCAGACACUGGCUCACCAAAAAGAUCAAGGUAGAGUUUGAGGAGCUGCUGCAAACCAAGACAGCAGGUCGGCUGCUGGAGGGGCUCAGCCUGCGAGAUAUUUCUUUAGGCAAUUCUCUUCCGGUCUUCAAGUCUGCUAAACUCGUGAAGCCGGUGCAUCUGAACGAGGACGGCAUGCCGGAGGAACUCAACUUUGAGGUGGACAUUGAGUACAAUGGCGGCUUCCAUCUCGCCAUUGACGUGGAGUUGGUGUUCUGGAAGUCUGCUUACCUGUUCGUCAAGAUGAGGCGCGUGGUGGGCAAACUGAGGCUGCAGUUCACCCGCGUGCCCUUCACCCACUGGUCCUUCUCCUUCCUCGAUGACCCGCUCGUGGACUUUGAGGUCAAGUCCCAGUUUGAAGGCAGGCCUCUUCCUCAGCUCACCUCCAUUAUCGUCAACCAACUCAAACGGGUCAUCAAAAAGAAACACACACUACCCAACUACAAAAUCAGAUACAAGCCUUUCUUCCCAUUCCAAGUGCAGCCACCUCUGGGAUCGACCUCCGAUUUAGAAUUGUCAGUCCAGGACAGCAGACUCGUGGAAGGCCGUCUCAAAGUCACUCUUAUUGAAUGUAGCAGACUGUUUAUCCUGGGCUCAUAUGAAAGAGAAACCUAUGUUCACUGCACUCUGGAGAUGAGCAGCCACCAGUGGAAGGAAAAGACCCGUAGCUCGAUCAAACGAACCGAGGUUAUCAAGGGUCCGUGUGGCAACGUGGGAAUGACGUUCAGGCAUGUGCCUGCCAAUGAGGGGGAUGCAGUCCAUGUAAGCAUUGAGACGGUGACAUCAAACUCCCCUGCAGCGUUGGCAGACUUGCAGCGAGGUGAUCGUCUCAUCGCAAUCGGAGGUGUCAAAGUGACAUCGUCAGUUCAAGUGCCCAAACUUCUGAAGCAGGCUGGCGACAGGGUAGUGGUACUGUAUGAGAGGCCGGUCCGCCACCACACUCCAUCCCUCGGAAGCCUGGGAACUCUUCAAGAGGGAUUUGGGCAGCUUGAAGAACCCGGUUACAUAUCCCAGUCAGGGGGAUAUGAAGAAGACCCGGCCCCAAUCACCACUCUGUCUGACAUAGCGGACAGUAAAGACAUGGACUCAGAAUUUGAAGAGUUGAUUGUCGACUCCAAACCCAGCCAGAAUGUUGGCCCCAUCAGCACCAGUGAUGCUAAGGAUGAUUUUUUACUUACAGUAAACCAAAGCCCCAAAAAAACAGUGGCUAACUUGGCUUCUAAGCCUCUUGGGCCCAUAUCACCCAUCCUCAACCGUAAGCUAAACCUGGUUGGCCUGCAGUCCCCGCUAAAGCCUCAGCCUAAAGAAUCACCAAAACCCUCACGACAAAAGGCAAGCAAUGAUUCAGGAGAUAGUUUGCAACGCCCAACUGUACCUCCUCCACCCCCACCAUCUCGUCCCCCAGUGCCUCCAAGACCUCAAAUACGGUUGUCAACUGCCAGCUCAGAAGCAAUUUUUUCUGAAAGUGUUGAUUCUACUACAAACACAACUCCUGUAAUCCCUACUGCCACGAUCACUACCAGUGCUUCUGAGAAAUCUCCUGAAAAAGCUCCUCUGACUGGAGCCAAUGAAGACAUGGCUGGCACUGAGAAGAUGGGUGUCAAACCCAUGGAGGCGAAGUCCACCAGGCCAUCAGAGUCCAGUGAUGAUAUUUCAAUCUUAUCCCUCACUAGCAGCAAGGCAGACCAGACAAAGGACAAAGUUUCAGAGAGUUCCUGCAGCACACGGGACAGUCUAGAAGAGCACUCCUUCUGGGAAUCUCCAGAAACUAUGUUUCGUAACCAGACAACACGUUGGCCAAAGGCCUCUGUUGUAUUUGAGGUGGAGAGCAACCAUAAGUACCUUAAUGUGGCCCUUUGGUGUAAAGAUCCCUUUAAGCUGGGCAGUUUGUUGUGCCUGGGUCAUGUCAGCCUCCAGCUGGAGCAUGUAGCCCUUGAAUGUAUGGCAACAUCUUCAGCAGAAUAUCAGAGCACAUUUAGGCUUGGGCCUCCAGAGCCUAGAGCUAAUGUCAGCCGCACUGCACUACGCAGCCUCAGUACCCACAAGGGCUUCAAUGAAAAGUUGUGUUAUGGAGAUGUUACUCUAAAUUUCUGUUACCUAGGAGGGGAUGAGUUAGACUACCCUGGACUGGCAGAGAGGGAGAGGGAGGGGAGUCUCCAUGAUGAAGAUCUAAGGGAGCGGGAGAGGGAACAUAUUUCCACAGCCCCACGUGAUGACUUGGCCUACGGUGCCAUGCAGCUUGUUGAGGUUCGCCACAACUUCCAGGACACCCAGUUCCAAAACCCUACCUGGUGUGAAUAUUGCAAAAAGAAGGUUUGGACCAAGGCAGCCUCGCAGUGUAUGAUCUGCGCCUAUGUUUGCCACAAGAAAUGCCAGGAAAAAUGCCUUGCUGAAAAUCCUUUCUGCGUGGCAGCAACUGAACGCAGAGGAGCUGACCCUGAGGCCAAGUCCACCAUUAAUCGGGCCACCACUGGCUUAACCCGCCAUAUCAUCAACACUAGCUCCCGCCUGCUGAACUUACGCCAGGCCCCGAAGACUCGCCUGGUUGAGCAGGUAGCUGAUGCGGUGCCUGGAGCAGUGGAUCAUUCCCCUAAACAUACUCCAAACACCUCAGACAAUGAGAGCAGUGAUACAGAGACAUAUACCAGUGGUGCCAGCCCAUCCAAACAACCUGCUGGCAGUGGGGGAAGCACCAAACUUGUUCGCAAGGAGGGUGGUUUGGAUGAUAGCGUGUUCAUUGCUGUAAAAGAGAUAGGCCGCGACCUGUAUCGAGGUUUGCCCACAGAUGAGCGGUCCCAAAAACUUGAGCUGAUGUUGGACAAGCUGCAGCAAGAAAUUGAUCAGGAAUUGGAGCACAACAAUGCUCUUUUGAUAGAGGAGAGGGAGACCACCGAUCCCAGGCGUAAGGUGCUCAUUAGUUCGGCCCUGUCCAAGUCCGGGGAAAGACUUCAGGCACUCACUCUGCUGAUGAUUCACUACCGUGCAGGCAUUGAGGACUUGGAGUCAGUGGAGAGCGCCUCUCCUUUGGAGCAACAAUGUUUUAAGGGCAAAGGAGAUGGCUUAGAGGAGGAGGGCUUGAUGGGAGCAGAGGUCUUUGACAGUGACAUAUGCAGCCCAGUGGAUUUGCAACUAUUGGAUGACAUUACUGAGGAGCAGAUCUGUGUGGAGGCGCUCCACUAAAUAAGACUAGAAAGGAGACAAAGGAGGAACAUUUUGGACAUGUGCCCCUUUGUUUUUCGGUGGGUUGUUAAGGGUUAGGUCACUAUUUGAAAGCGGCAUACCGUCCAUUGUUUUUUUUUUUUUCACCUCUCACAAAUACAUAAAGGAAUACUUGGUUGCACCUGUCAAUGCUUUUAUUUUGCACUCUGUACCCAUGUUUUCAAAGGGAAAUAGAACACUGUAGUGUUGCUGAGAUAUUGUUGAAUCAAAAUUUUUCUGAUGAUUCAAAAUGUCUUUAUAAAAGUUUGCCCUUCUCAAUUAUGUUUUCACAUAACACUUUUUUUGUGCAAUGAAAAUAAUUGCUCAACAGUAGUUUACUGCAAAACGACUCCAGCAGAACACAUGGGGGAAAAAAAACAUCUUUCGCAUGAACACCGCAGUCAAGCUUUCUUACCUUUUUUUUUUUUUUUUUUUUUUUUUUUUUUUUUUUUGGGAAACACUUUUAAAUGCAGACCUUUUAAUAUUUAUAAAUGACUCCCUUCUUCUGGGGAUUUCAGCAGUUGCAACAUAAUUUGAAUGGGUUUUGUUUUUAUUUUAGGAGUAUCACGGCAGGUUUCACAUACCAUAUAUACAUAAAAUAAAUUUUGACUAAGAUUUAAAGGUGUUAUUGUCCUUUUCUUUGUUUAAUAUUUUAAGUAAAUUCUUUAAAUGUGUAUUUCAUGUUAUGUAUAUGAAUAACUUGGUGGAUUAUUGAUUGUUUUGUUUUAAUUUCCUAAUGAAAUUUGACCCAUAUUUGGAGCUCAUGAGUUUUUCUUCUCAUGUAUUCAGUUUGCAUUUAUCUGUGAGAGGAAGAUAUUAGUACAGUACUUUCAAAGAAGUUUCUAUGUGGUUUCGUAAAUGCCAUCUGUCUUCAUGAGUGGUUUGAAUGCCCAAAUGAGAGUUUCCCGUCUUGCUAUUUUGUUUUAUCAUCACCUAACCCAUUGUUUGUCGACAUUUGCGCAAUGUCUUCAGCCCAAAAAGCUCCCUAAACGUUACUCUCACUCAUACUUUUUUUUAAUGCUCCACUUGACGUUGUCUUUUCUUUAAUUACUAACUCUUAUUAACUCUCUUAUUAACUCUUUUUGCAAUGUAUCGACAUUCGUUAUUUCUGUGGGUUUUGCCAUCCUAGUGCCACUUAAAGUAUGGUCUCCACUAAUACAAGUUGGUUCUACCAUUAGAUAGUCAUAAAUGUUUGCUAUCUGUUGGUCAGAAUUGUAAUGUUAAACAGAAAACAAGUUAUUAAAUGUUGUAUACAAUUGUAGACAAAAUUAACACAACAGGAGCCAGAACAUAAAAAUAGGAAAGCCAGUUUGAGUAAUCAGCAGCUGAAAUGCUGCCUAGCAAUUGAGAUAAAAGUAUAUUAAAUAAAACCAGUAUAAAUAUAAUGCUGUAAAAUUCACAUCAAUUUAUUGUGUAGGAUGUCUUCUUUUAUCUAGAGCUGAUUGAAUAAGCUGCUAUGCUCAAUCUUUGUCAAGAUGAGUUGAAGUCUGAUUGUACUGUAAAUCGGUCAACACUUGCAGGUCAUUAAUCUGGCCUACACCUGAAGAAACAUUCAUAUUCUUUCCAACCUCUACCAUCUUCAACAGUAAAAAUUUACUAUUUCUGUAUCAAAUUAUUCUAAUAUUUAAAAGCCAAGAACGCAAAAUACCCCAUUAAAGCCAAAACACGAGGUGGUUAACAGUACACAGACAAUCACAGUGAGAUGACCACCCUCGCAUUAUAUCGCAAAUUCAUUUCUGACUGUAAAGUAUGAUUGAGAUAAUAAAUUAUGGCCUUUUAAUUUAAAACUUUGUCUGCAAACAAUUGUACUCUGUAAAAUUACUGCCAAAAUCUUGCACCUUGGAAAUUCUCUUCAGGUAGUGUUCAUGGUCAUGUUGGAUGGAGCACAUGUAAUGAAACCACAAACACGAGAAAAGUCUGAAGUCUCAGUGAUGUUUAACUACCUACAUUGAAUUUCCAAGUUUCCAAUAAGUAUUAGGGUCACAUUUUAAGGGGGAAAAAAAUUGUAAAAUUAUGAGCAUCGUCAUGAUAUUGUGAGAAACAAAGGUUUCAAAAACAGUUUUCAAAAUGUGAAUUUCUGCUAUAUUUAUCUAAAGAUCUGUCAUAGUCUUUGAGUAACAUCAUUAGACAUUUGUUAAAAAUGUACUUCAACUUCAUGUAGUUGUAGUUCAUUGUUUGUCAAGCUUACACUAAAGUGUAACUUGACAACAUCAACAGCCCUCUUAUAUAAUAGUUAAACCUUUAAGCUCAUAAUGUUAAAGAAAAUUGUUAAUCUCAUAAUGAUGUUUUUCCCCCCUUUUCAGUAUUUCCUUAUACUCUUUAAUCCAAGUGGAUGUUGGUGCUAAAUUUGCAGAGAUACAUGGGACUGACAGACAUCUGAAAAACAAUGCCUGCAUGGCUGUCGAUGCUGCAGAGGCAUAAGAAAGAAUAAGAAGCCACCCAAUUGACCACCUUUUGCUUGUUUUCUCAAUGUAACUUAAAUCAGAGACAUUUUACAAGUUAUACCCUCAGUUUGGGAGUUGCUUGUGUAUAUUGGCUGAAUGACUUCUACACGUCUCAGUCUGUCACUAUACGUUCAGAUUUGUGCAAUAUUUUUAUGUUGGACAAUGAUAAAGAAUGACUAUAUUAUUUCUCUUUCGUAAUUAGAUGUGUAGCCUGCGUACCUAUCUGUCCAAUGAAGUCGUGGUCUCUCAAAACAUGAGGAGACCUUCACACUGUAAAACGCUUUGCUUUUGCCUCUGCUGCUGAUGUUACAGUUUGAUCGACCACAGUACUGUUUCUCACUUGCUUGUGCCCAUCACAGCUUUUCAGCAGGUAAAAAUGUGUAUGAUGUUCAUAUGGUAGGGCUAUUGUGUACCGUUUUUAUGAAGGUUCAUGUAUUGAAGCGUUAUUGUACUUACCCUCAAUAAACAAGCUUGAAUAAUUCA